GUCUUGGCGGAGCGGCCGCUCGGGGCGGGCAGAGGCCGCUGCGCCCCCCCCUCCGCCGCCGGUCAGGGCCCGUCCUGGCCCCGCCAUGGCCGCCCCCCCGCGCCUCGGCAUCCAGAUGCUGCUGGAGGCCGCCGAGUUCCUGGAGCGGCGGGAGCGAGAAGCCGAGCACGGUUACGCCUCGCUGCGGCCCGGCGGGAAGGACGGGGAGGCCCCGCGGCGCCGCGCUAAGGCCCGGAGGAGCGGCGGUGGCGGCAGGUCGACACACAAUGAGAUGGAAAAGAACAGGCGUGCCCAGCUCCGGCUGUGCCUGGAGAGGCUGAAGGGGCUGGUGCCRCUGGGAGCGGCGGCCGGGCGGCACACGACACUCAGCCUCCUCACCAGAGCCAGGCUCCACAUCCAGAAGCUGGAGGACCAGGAGCGCCGGGCCCUGCACCAGAUUGAGCAGCUGCAGCGGGAGCAGCGGCACCUGCAGCGGCAGCUGGAAAAGCUGGGAAUGGAGCGGGUCAGGAUAGACAGCAUCGGCUCCAGCCUCUCCUCAGAGCGCUCCGACUCAGAUCGAGGUGAGAGCCCACGCUGGGGGACGGCCGCUGAGAGGUCUGUCCGUGCUGGAACUCCAAUCAUUCCCAUUCCUCUGGCAGAAGAGAUGGAUGUGGAUGUGGAGAGCACGGACGACCUCCCGGCCGACCUGGACUGGAGCAGCAGCAGCCCCAGCGACUCGGACGAGCGCGGGAGCCUCCAGAGCCUCGGCAGCGACGAGGGAUAUUCCAGCUCUGGCGGGACCAGGGCGAAGCUGGCGAGCAGCCGGAAGCUUCCUGUUGGGAUAUAGGAAGCRCUUCCCAUCGCCGUUCCACCGCUGCCGUUCCCUUUGGAUCCCGUUAGCCAGCACACCGACCCUCCCAGCAUUCCCCRCACGGAAAAACCUGAACGUCCUGCCGAUCCAGCUGCUCCCGGGACUCUGUUCUCACCGCCGGCUUCUCAUCCCAGCUGAAGCUCCUCUGCCAGGCCCGACAUUCCAGCCACAAGCAGAAACCCCCGGGAAUAUUGUGGCAAUAACAGCGACCUCAAGAACCUCCCCUGGGUUCUUUCCCAGGCUGUCACUGCCCAGUAUUCCCCAUCUUCUCUGCAUUUGGGUGGCSACAUCAUGUUCCCGAUCCUCAGGAYCCAAAACRCUGAGUUUCUGGGAGUAGAUCUGAAGAGAGAACCGGCCCUUUGUGGAAUUUCCAUYGGGAACAGAGUGGAGCCAAGUUGGGAACACAAAGCAAUUCGGGCACAGGGAUCGGCCUCAGUCGGGGGUUCCUUCCCCCGACUCUAAAUAUUCAGGGACACCCCAUCCCAGCCCUUCCGUCAUCCUGGAGCAGUCCUGGCGUGGGGAACAGUGCUCCAGGGGCUCAGAGCCAUCCUCACCCUUCAGGUCAGCCAUCUCUGGGCUGGGAAGUUUCUGUCCUCCCUAAACCCAAAUGGAAUGUCCCACCUCCYGUGGCAUGGCAUUCCAGACUCCUGGAAUUCCCUUUCCACACUUCUAGUCUCGGGGACAAUUUUUUCUACCUCGGAGGGAGCCCACGGACUCUCUCCUCCCCUUCAGCACAAAGAUGAUGCCUCCGCUCAGCAAUAACCCCACGGGACCCCGCGGAUUGUCUCCAUUCAUCCAGGAUUUUUCCAGGCUCGUGGAGGAUUCCAGAAGCCACCACAGGGAGAGAAGCCCCGGAGAGCAGGGGGGUUCCAAGCCGGAGCACGGAGCACACGUGAGCCGUCUGUGAUGUUUAUUUGUUUCCCAGUGCCCUGGAGGGAUGUCUUGGUUUGAAAGACAUGYGUCUGCCAAGGAAGGCGGGGACCUCCCUUGGGGCGGAGAAUAUGACCUCACUUCCCUCCGAAUUAUUAUAACUUCGAAAUCAUGGGGCUUUUCGGCAAAAAUGUGGGAAAAGGAAUAACUGUUCUUGACUAGUUUGUAUGACAAGGCAAACAAACAAACAACGAGGGCAGCAACAACAAACAAAACCACGAACGCAGUGGCAGCCGCAGGGCKGUGCAGUUCCGCUCACGGCCGGCAGGGGCGCUGCGGGCCCGGCUGCGCUGAGGGGUGCUGUCAUUCCUCCCCGCCGGCAGGGGGCGCUGUGGSCCGGCCGCUCUCCCUCACGCGGUGAUGGCGGGACGGGGCGCGGCAGGGGCUGGCUCGCCUGAGCUGGCAAAAACUCCGCAGCGUCGCAGGAGCCGUGCUGUGUCCCGAGGUUACAGUGUAACAGAAACACGG